CGAUCUAAAGAGUCUACGCCAGUUUCGUCAUCAUCGACCAUAACUUUCACCUUUCUUUCUUUUCAAACUCCUUUUCACCUCCUCCUACUGGCGAAUUAAAUCUCGUCGGAGUAAACUUCAGCUCAUUGCCGUCGCGAUUAGUCGGACAGCUGCGGCGGAGGAUGGGAUGUUUUGCAAGCAAGAGCGGUGGUGAUUCCAAAGCCAGCCGUCUUUCUAGAUGGCGCGCCACUGGCAUUGUUGCUUUACGUGACUCUAAAUUAAAGUCCUUUCCAGAUGAAGUUCUAGAGCUGGAUAAAUCUGUUCGGACGCUGGAUUUAACACAAAACAAAUUAGUUGAUGUUCCAGAGGAGAUCAGCAAAUUAAUAAAUAUGCAGAGACUGAUUUUGGCAAAUAAUGCAAUUGAGCGUCUUCCAAUGAACAUGGGAAAACUUCAGUCUCUAAAGUUUAUCAUACUCGAUGGGAAUCGACUCACCACCUUGCCCGAUGAAGUUGGCCAAUUGGUGAGACUUGAGCGGCUAUCCAUCUCUGCUAACAUGUUAACCAGCCUGCCAGAAACCAUAGGAAGCUUGCGCAAUUUGUUGCUACUAAACGUGUCGCAUAAUAAGCUAAGGUCUCUCCCAGAAUCUAUAGGGAGCUGCUUUUCUUUGGAAGAGCUACAAGCCAACGAAAAUUCUAUUGAAGAACUUCCUGCUUCAGUGUGCAGUCUUGUCCAUCUGAAGUCAAUGUGCUUCGAUCAUAACAAUCUAAAACAGAUUCCUCCAAGUUUAUUGAAAGAAUGCAAGACACUACAGAAUAUUUCAUUGCAUGGUAACCCUAUAUCUAUGGAUCAGUUCCAACAGAUGGAAGGAUUUCAAGAGUUUGAAGAUAGAAGGAAAAAGAAAUUCGACAAGCAAAUAGAUUCAAACGUGAUGAUCAGUUCUAAAGGCCUUGAUGAGGGUGUUGAUCUAUGAGCCUUUAUCUGUUGCCAUGUGAUCAGAACCAGAAAGCAUGCGGUGGUGCUCUGGUUUCUUUCAAGUUUACAAAUGCUGCUAUUGUUUAUAAAAAUGUGGAGUUUAACAUGUUGAUUGGCCUCAUUAUAUUACAGUAGUAAAUAUGAAUAAUUUGUGAAAAAAAAAAUAAUUUUGUUGUAAAUUACAUUACAUGACAUAUCAUAUACAUUGAGUUAAUGCAGGGGAACCCGUUUUUCACCUUCA